UGGCUGAGCAGCGGGGAGGUGCCAGGAUCAGGGGGGAGGCGGAUCAUGUGCUCGGAGCUCUGUAACACAGGCACUCAGUGGAGGAAGCAGCCCGGGACAAGCAGGGCUGGGGAAGAAGUGGAGCCGCACUCUGCAAACAGGGGAUGCUUCAAUCACCAUCACUACCCCGGACCAGUGUGGACCAACCACUGCCACCCGCCAUUGGUGCUCACAAGAUACCACAGCCUGACAUCCUCCUGUCAAUAGUACCAAGUACUCGUGGGGUUAUCCAAACGACGCAUCUACUUGUGAUGUAGUGCUAUGCCUGUUUGUACAUGGAUAUUUACAUUAUCUCAGUGCCCUAUAGUGUCUGUCCAUGCAUACCUUCGUAGCGAUAUACGCUGCACUUGGAAUCUUUGGAAUUAUAUAUUUGUAUAAUAUUUUAUUGUUAAUGUUACAAUUCUUAUUUUAGAAUUGUAGGGGAAAACACUUGCUGCUUACUGCUGCUGCUGCUGUUUUUGUUUGAUUUUUUGUAGUUUUUACAUUUUAUUAUUAUUAGUUGUUUUUAUUGGUGGGGUUUGAGGAUGGGGGGCAAUCUUGGGUGCCAUAGGUCUAUCCCUAAGGACCCAUCUGAUCUAUGUCAGAAGAACCGCAAGUACAGUGCAGCCUGCAACUUCAGCAACAUCCUGGUGAGUCAGGAGAGGCUGAAUAUCAAUACAGCUACUGAGGAGGAACUAAUGACCCUUCCAGGGGUGACCAGGCAGGUGGCACAGAACAUAGUGGAGUACAGGGAGUACAUUGGAGGGUUUAAGAAGGUGGAGGACCUUGCACUGGUCAGUGGGGUUGGUGCUGCCAAGUUGGAACAGGUUAAAUUUGAAAUCUGUGUCAGUAGCAAAAGUGGCUCUGCCCAACAUUCACCCAACUCGCUGAAGAAGGACUUAGAACAUGGGCACCAUGGCCAGCACUUAAGUGCAACAAGGGUGAACAUUAAUACUGCCACUGCUCCCCAGCUUUUGUGCCUCAGGGGAAUUACAGAGGAGAUGGCACAAGACAUUGUCCAAUAUCGCAGCCAACAUGGCCCGUUAAAGAGCAUUGAGGACUUGGUCAAGGUGGAAUCUGUUACAAUUUCUUUCUUGGAUAAGAUCAGGCACCAGGUCUAUGUACAGAGAUCUCGACCGCCAUCCACACAUACCAAUGGAGGGCUACAUUUCAUGGCCAAGCCUCAUCCUAGCCCUACUUCACUGAGUCUACAGAGUGAGGACUUAGACUUUCCACCUGGCGGACCAACCCAACUAAUCUCUACUCGCCCAACUGUGGAGAUUUUUGGAGGUGUCAGGGAAGGGAAGCCUGUCCUCAGGCUGGCCUCUUGGAAUCUUCAAAACUGUAGCCUGGACAAGGCAAGCAACCCUGGCGUGAGAGAGGUGGUGUGCAUGACACUACUGGAAAAUAGUAUCAAGCUGCUGGCUGUACAGGAAUUGACUGACAGAGACGCACUGGAAAAGUUCUGCUCUGAAUUAAAUCAGCCAUCCCUACCCAACAUUCGUAAGUGGAAAGGAGUCAGAGGCUCUUGGAAGUGUGUCAUAUCCGAAAAGCCAUCAUCCUACCAAAACGAGAAAGCUGAAUAUUCUGGAUUUCUCUGGGACACGUCAGCUGGAAUUGAACUAAAGAAUGUAAUUUUACAAGAAAACCAACAAACUAAUGGCAGCAGCAAGAAUAUAUAUCCAUAUCCCUACAUUGCACAUUUCAAGGUCGGAACAAAUGAAGUAACACUGGUGAAUAUUCACUUGUCCCCUAACCUUGGGGAAGCCGGAAAGCACCAGAGUGACGGCCACAAAUUGGCAACCUUUGGCAAAACACUGCAGGAAACCCUGAAAGUGGAGAAGGAUGUGAUCAUUUUAGGAGGUUUUAGCCUCCCCCCAGAUGUCGGUGACUUUGAUUCGCUGCGUAAAGAGAAGUUUCAAAACCUACUUCCAGCAAGCACCUUCACCAACAUCAGCACAAGUAACCCGCAGGGGAACAAGUCCCUCGACAACAUCUGGGUCAGUAAGAGCUUAAGAAAAGUUUUCACAGGUAUAUCUUUAGUUGUAAGAGAAGGCCUCACUAAUCCGUGGAUCCCAGAUAACUGGUCCUGGGGUGGAGUGGCUUCGGAGCACUGCCCUGUACUAGCCGAAUUCUACAUUGACAAAGACUGCAAUAGGAAAGAGGUCAAUCCCAAGGCCAAUGGAGUUACAGUAGAAAGGAAUGAUACAAAUACAAAGCACGAAAGAUGAAAACUCAAGGGAUUUUUUCCCUUUUUUUGACUGUGAAUCCUGAACCCAAAACUUUACGCUUUGCAUACUUUAAAUACUAAUUUUUUGUUCCAAGUACCCUGCCACAUCUCAUGCUGUAAAUGGAUAUUAUAUAUAAUGAAAUGUGUUAUAUCAGCCACUGUCUAACUUUCCAUCUCACCUUUGUGUGGAAUGUUGCGGACAUGGACAAUAUAUAAAACAUUGAUAUAGAACAUAUAUGAGAAAAGGAAAAUACUUAAAAAUUUCUGUGAAACCAUUUUUUUUUCCUUUUAUUUUUAACUGAUUCUUGUCAAGCAAUGCAAUAAUCUAAGACUGUAAAAAUGAGACCUUUAACACUGUCAGCAAUUUUUUCUCAAAUAAAUUAAUGAAAUUAC